CGAUAACUCUGCCGUCAGACAACGACGCGAUGGGGCGCGCUUAGACCAUAUUUCGAGUUGAAUACAAUUUGGCGACAACUGGCGUGCGAGCCAGUAGGGAAGAAGUUCUGUUGGCGAGAAGACGCUACACGAAAACGAACGGCAGUGCAACAAGCAACUACUGAGCUUUAAAAGGUUUUCAUCAAAGGACAAUCAAAGUGAAAUGGCAAAAGUGUGGCUCUUCUUAUGCGGAGUGUUGCUUCUGAGCUUGGCUGUGGCGCAAGAUUUCGAGCCGGAGCCAUUGGAGCCGGAGUACAUAUUUACAACAACUAUUGCACCCCUCACAGAAGAGCCAGUAACUACAACAGCAACAACAACAACACCAGACGAAAGCCCCACUAUAACCACCAUCUCUGCUGCUGAUACUACCGCGCCCAAUAAUCCACCAACUACCACCACUGCCAUCAUUGGGGAAACAACAUUUAUAGCAACAACUACUGCGCCCGCUUUUACAACAAUAACAAUGGUAGAGGCAACAACAGCGAUACCUUUUAUACCAACAACUGUUGAGGAUGAACUCACAACAACAACAACAACAAUAGCAAGUCCUAGCACUCCAACACCAACAACAACACCGACACCAACUGAAGAAAUACCAACCACCACAACAACAACGACUGCAACGGCCAGUCCCACCACGUCCACCACAACAACCACUGAAGUGCCAACAACAAUGGCAGCAAUCGAAUUGGAGGCUACAACAAGAAUAACAACGACAACGACAACGACAACAACUGAAUUACCAAUACCAUCUACCAUAACAACAACGAGUACACCCAUUACCUUACCUUCAACAGCUGCUACAACAACAACAACCAACAGACCCUUUACAUUUGUACCAACAGCAGCAACAACAACAACAACAACUAGCAGACCCUUUACAUUUGUACCAACAACAACAACUAGAAGACCAUUUACCUUUGCGCCAACAACAUCAACAACCAGCAGACCCAUUACAUUUGUACCAACAACAACAACUAGCAGACCAUUUAGCUUUGCGCCAACAACUACAACAACAACCAACAGACCCUUCACAUUUACUCAGCCUACAACAACUAGAAGACCAUUUAUCUUUACACCACCAACAACAACAACGACAACAACAACAACUAGUAGACCCUUCACCUUUAUACCAAUAACAACAACCAGUCGACCAUUCACCUUUAUUCAACCAACAACCAGCACCAGUGCUUUAGCGCCAAGCACUACUUCAACCCCAAGACAUCCCGGUUAUCCUCUAUAUCGUCCAGUGAAACCGUGGAUUCCAUAUGCUGCAACUAAUCCGCCUCAAAAAUCCUUCUACCCCCUGAAUCGCUGCUAUUACAGAUUAAACAGUGGAUCACCGCAUUGGAGAUGGAAGUGUGGCUUUUGGAAGUACGUAAAGGAGGAGCACUGCUACCGUUGUUGCCAAUACACCAGCGUCAACUACGCCGGCUGCAACGAGGUGAAUCGCUACUACUGCAGGCAAACGGAGCAGCAGAAAUACAAAAACUCGAAUACAUAUAGCAAUUAUUGGUUGUACUUUUAAUGGACAUCGCAACUAGUAUACUAAUCCGCCAGUCCGAUGCAAUGAUGACGGCGAUGGUGGAGGCGGUGGUGGAGGCGGUGGUGUUGGUGUGGCAACGGAUUGAGGCGAAUUGCAUGUAAGCACGUGCAGCUUUUGCGUAUAUAUUUAUUAUUUCAUAUAUUGUAUUGUAUGUUUUAUGAACUUUAUAUGCGAUGUUAUGCAAUUUCUUAUUAAUAAUAUUAUUUAAACUUAUGCACCAAUUUGCCUGGCGAUUUGUAAAUAAUUUUCAAUAUUUUAUACAUGCGAGCUGUAGCUGGAAUUAAACUUUAAUAAAUAUUGAAUGUCAACGAUUA